AUGAACAGUUCGAUUGUGAGCUUGGUCCUGCUGUUAUUCCUUUGGGCGUUACGCUAUUCAAACGCCGAAGAAACUUUCGAUGUUCGCAAACACCUCUCCACGGUCUCCAGAUAUGGUGCUGUGAAAGACAUUGCUGACAAUAACUUUGUGCCUUCUAAAAUCCCGGAGGGAUGUGUUCCCAUCCAUUUAAAUCUUGUGGCAAGGCAUGGAACUCGAUCUCCCACGAAGAAAAGGAUAAAGGAGUUAGAUAAUUUGUCUGCUCAUCUGCAAGUUCUUGUGAGGGAUGCAAAAGAGCGAAAUUUGUCUUUGGAGAGGGUUCCUUCCUGGCUAAAUGGAUGGAAAUCUCCUUGGCAGGGAAGGCGUAGGGGUGGUGAAUUAAUUAGAAGAGGAGAGGAAGAAUUAUAUGAUCUUGGAAUCAGGAUUAGAGCAAAGUUUCCAAAUUUAUUUGAUGAGGAAUACCAUCCAGAUAUAUAUCCUAUUAAGGCAUCUCAGAUUCCCCGGGCAUCUGCCAGUGCUGUGGCAUUUGGAAUGGGGCUUUUCAGUGGCAAUGGAAGUCUUGGACCUGGGCAUCAUCGAGCCUUCGCUGUUACAAGUGAAAGUCGUGCUAGUGACAUCCAGCUGAGAUUUCAUGACUGCUGUCAUAAUUACAAGGUGGCAGCAAUUCAUGAUGAGUAUGAUGCUGAUAAACUUGCAAGGCUAGAGGAGAUGGUUCAGGAGAGGAUGCAAACUCCCCAAGAGGAAAAGAAUGGAAUGGGAUAG